UCGAUUUGAACCAAAACGGAAGAACAUGCAUCCGUUUGAAACAAAUAGCCAGUGUUGGUUCACCUGCAGCUUUCUAGAGGAAAGCUGCCUCAAGUGUUUUCACAGCUAGCAAAAUUUAUUUUAUUCUUUUAGAUUAAACGGCACGAAAAUGGAGGAACGGCGGGGUAUACAGUUUCAAAUCGUCUCUCGCUUCAACUGGUCGAAAUGCAGGGCGUUCAUUUUGGAGAACAUUUUCAUGAUUUCAAGUGUGACAGGUUUCCUCAUGGGGAUCGUUAUUGCCCUGAUUAUAAAUGCAAUCGGCACUCCUACAGACCUUCAGAAAGAUCUCAUAUUUUUUCCAGCUGAAGUUCUGCUGAAUAUGCUUCAGGUCAUCACCGUUCCCCUCAUUGUUACGAGCGUGAUAAUCGGUGUUGCUGGUCUGAGUGUGAACAAACUCUCAAAAAUAGCUGCACGGGCAGUAAUCUUCUUUUGCCUGACCACUCUUCUGUCUGUGACUCUAGGAUUAAUACUGGUGCUGAUGAUGAAGCCUGGGGUGUCUCAAGACAGUCAGGAAAAUGUGGAAGAAGAAGAUGAAAUGAUAAUCUCCUACACUACCCAAGCUUUGAUGGAUCUAAUCAGAAACUUCGUGCCAAAAAACCUCGUCCAGGCUUGCUUUCAACAGUUCAAGACAACCGUGCAGGAGGAACGUGCCGCGCCCAAGUUUGAUCCCAACACGACGAUGAACGCCACCACGACGACGAUGGUUCUAGUGAGAGGCUAUGUGAUGGACACCAACGCACUCGGCCUGAUCGUCUGCUCCUUCGCCAUUGGUGUGUCGCUGCACCACUUGGGGAACGAUGGGAAACUCCUCCUCGACAUGAUCGUCAUCAUCAACAAUAUCACGAGGAAUGUGGUUACCUGGAUUCUGUGCUACUUGCCAGUGGGGGUCAUGUUCAUGAUCAUGAGAAAUGUUUUGGAGGUUUAUGACUGGCAGACGGCAUCCAAACUGAUAAAAUUCAUGAUUGUGGUCAUCAUUGGACAGCUAAUCCACGGACUGAUUUUUUUACCGGGGAUCUAUUUUCUUAUGACGAGACGUAACCCCUGGAUUGUUAUGAAGGGAGUUGCUCCUGCGCUGAUGACUGCGCUCUUCAUCUCAUCCAGCUCCGCCACGAUGCCCAUCACCAUGCGAUGCUGCGCACGGAGACUGAAAAUCGACCGCAGGAUCACCCGCUUCAUGAUGCCCAUCGGCACCAGCACCAACAUGGACGGAACGGCCCUUUACGAGGUGGUGGCGGCGGUUUUCAUCGCCAACCUCCACAACAUCUACCUGGAUGUCGGCCAGCUGAUAACUGUCGGAGUGAUGGCAGGAAUUUCCAGCCUCGGAGCAGCAGCGAUCCCUGCGACCGGAGCUGCAACAACUCUGUUUGUUCUGAACUCAAUCGGUCUGCCUGUGAAGAAAGCCUCCAUCCUGCUGGCGGUAGAGUGGCUGCUAGAUCGCAUCAACACAGUCAACAACGUCUGGUCAGACAGCGUCGGCGUGGCUCUCGUCUACCACUUGUCCACAGCCGAACUGGCAGAAAUGACGGAGCAAAAUGACGCGAGUGUGGCCGACAGUGAUGCUCAGCUGGAAUCCUGUCCCUCUGAGGAAGCUGAUGAGUUCACUGAUGCCAGUUCUUGUAUUUGAAUAUCUGACUCAUGUGGUUUGGCUUUUUAUUGCGUUUUGCAUUAGUGUUUAUGUAAAAAGCCACUUAAAAGUUAAGUUGUCUUUUAUCAGUCGUUUAGUUGACAAUAAUAGAUGUACAGUGUAGACAUUUGAGUUUUUAAGUUGCAGUUUCUGAAAUAUUUUAAUUGAAUUGAUAUGAUCUAAAUUGAUUGAGCUAAAUUUAUGUAAUAUAUGCAUUGUAUUGAAUUGAACUAUUAUAUUUUCCGGAUUGUAUUAUUGUAAAUAUGUAGUUUAAUGGCCCACAUGGUCAUCUUCACAGAGACAAUGUCAGCUGUCGAGGGUGUGUGUACCAUAGUUUGUUUCAGUUGACUCUGAUUAAAUAUUUUAAAAAAGAAAAAAAGAAAAAAAAACAGCUUUGUGUUUGCUUAAACCCUAUUUUUUGUCACAAACAUGUAUUAAAAGAUGACUUGAAUGUACAACAA